CCACCUCUACACUUUUGUCUUGCCUUCACUCGUCAUGAAUCUCAUUUUUUGUGCACAAUUAUGCAAUUCGGGAAGAGUAUUUUAUAACCAUAUACAACCUCUAAAACCAACUGAAUUGGUCACACCAAGUCAUCUUUUUGAGAUAGAUUCUAUCCCUGUCCCUGACAAUUCCAGGCGCACCAUGGAUAGUGGUCUUUCAGAUUGUGAAAACAAAAAUCCACAUUUUUGUCAUCCUAAUAUCCCGAAUGCACAUGAUCUUGAUCAUUAUCACGUCGAGUUAUCGGAAAAAGCAGCACAAAACCCGCCUAUUAAUCCUUUGGAGAGGGGUCCUGUCCCUCCAUCAGGCUCUUCAGGCUGCACAUACAUUCCCGGUACCGGGGGCCCAGACUGUCCUGGCAAGCUGCAUUCACCUCGUGCUCCACCGCCUCCGCGACAUUACAUCUUGGACACAUAUGGUCUUCAACUUGUCGCACAGUUCCGCGACUAUCAUCCGGAGAAAUUCUCAGGUCAGGGGGAUCCUCGUAUUGUGGACGAGUGGAUUCAGGGCCUUGAAUUGAUUUUCGAGGUCAUGGACUGUUCAGAUCGCUAUCGCGUUACUUGCGCACAGCUUCAGCUGACCGGUGAUGCUCGACUCUGGUGGAAUGCCUACUGGAGUAUGCGUCCCGGCGAGAAAGAAGGUUGUACCUGGGAGAGGCUCAAGGAGUUAAUCCGUGAGAAGUAUUAUCCCACGUACUACCGAGCCGAGAUGGAGCGUCAGUUUUUGUCGCUCAAGCAGGGUACUCGUUCUGUUGAUGAGUACGAGAGGGAGUUUACCAGACUUGCAGCUUUU